CAGGCGCAGUACAAGAAUUUAGCAUUUCUGAAUAAACUCCAUUUUCAUUUGGAAAAUUGACCGGAACUUUUUGUAUCCGCCAUUAGGCUUGUUGUUAGAUUCUUUGACAGGUCUAAUUGAUUAUCGAGUGCUUUCUUUGAAAAGCUCGACAUGGAGUCCCAAAACAUGACCAUGAUGCACUCGGCCGGACCGAUUCAGCCCCCACCAAGGGAAGGGGGCGGCCCCCAUCCCAACAGAAGGGGUAACCGCAAGGGGCACGGACCACUUCACGGAAAUCUACCGACAGAGAGGUUAUCCUUGGGGGAAGAAGCCAAAUUGCUCUACUCUCAAGAAAUGGCCUCCAUGCCGAGCAAGACUCCCGUCAGCGUCCUCCAGGAGUUGCUGAGCCGUCGCGGCAUCACUCCCAAAUACGAACUGGUCCAAAUCGAGGGCGCCAUCCACGAGCCAAUCUUCCGCUACCGCGUGUUCCUUAACAACGAUCUGGUGGCCACCGGAACCGGAAGAUCGAAGAAAGACGCCAAACAUUCGGCAGCCAAGAACUUGCUGGAUCUCUUGGUCGGAAAAGUGACUCCCGAACAAGCCAAUCAGACCAACGGAACGCCCGGAGCGGCUGAUAUCACCAAUCAGGUGGUGACAUCGUUCGAUGACAAAGUGAUGGGCAAUCCCAUUGGCUGGCUCCAAGAGAUGUGCAUGUCCCGCAGAUGGCCACCACCAUUCUAUGAAAUGGAACACGAAGAGGGACUACCACACGAAAGGCAGUUCACCAUCGCUUGUCAUGUGUUGAAAUUCCGCGAAAUUGGCACUGGCAAGUCAAAGAAGCUAGCCAAGAGAAUGGCGGCUCACAAGAUGUGGCAAUCCUUGCAGGAUUUACCCGUGGAGGGUAACAAUCUGCCUUCUACAUUUGCGAGUGACGAAGAGUUGGCCACUAAACUGGGCAGCUCGGCUGAGAAUCGGUAUUCGGGACUGAAAGACACUAAGAUUACCAAGUUGGGCAACCAGCAGUCCCACAAAGUUUCACAGUUCCACAAAACGCUGAAAAAUUCCGUCGGCAAGAAGUUGGCCGAUUUGCAGACUCUCAGCUUCAACGCCAAGGACUUCAACUUUGUUCAGUUCUUGCAGGAGAUCGCUAGCGAACAAUCCUUCGAGGUAACCUACGUGGACAUCGAAGAAAAAACAUUGACCAAUCGCCACCAAUGCUUGGUGCAGCUAUCCACUUUGCCAGUGGCCGUCUGCUACGGAACAGGCAAAACUCCGAAGGAAGCCAAGGGCUCGGCUGCUCAUCAUGCCCUCGAGUACCUCAAAAUCAUGACCAAAAAGUGAACAGCUAUCGAUACACAGUCAUAGAUCCAAUCCUAUAAUUAUCCAUUUCCUGUAAUUCUGGUUUCUCUAUAGUUUUGUCAUACGUUUUUGAGGCAGCAAAUUUCUCAAGGGCACACGGCAACAAAAAGUGAUAAUGGAUACAAAUUUGACUACUGUAUAGCUUUCUUCUCUUGGUGAACACAUACUUUAUUCGUCAUCGCUCCCCACGAGCGUUUCUUUAGUCUGUAUAUUUUCUUGUAUCACUUAUUGCGUCUUUGCUUUGGUCACUUUACGCGCGAAAACCAUUAUGUUUUACUAAUUUUUCAAUAAAGUACACUUUAUUUAAGAACAGGGGAGAAAAGUCACGAGAAUUUGAAAAGCGAGCUUCAUGAUCCCCUGAAGAAUAUAUCUUGAAGAACUAUUAUUUUUUUUUUUUUAUUUUUCAUCACAGUGAUGUUUGUUUCAGAACAAACCGGGAAAAGUAUUAUGAGAAUAUGAAAUUUAAAAGAAAAUUUGAAAAGUAUCAUGAGUUUUGUGAUUCUCCGAAGAGUAUGUCUCGAAAGACUUCGACUUUUUACUAUUUUUGUAUGCACAAAAUUCGUUCUACAUAUGAAACAUGUCAGUUAUAUAUUCACCUUUAUAUGUCACAUUUUGUGGUUCUUUAACGAAAUGUCAAGAGCAUAAAGUAUGUCUAGAACGAUUUUACCUUUGCGCGAAAAGUGACCACAAGCAAUGUCAAAGAGAAGGAUAGCAACUAAUUUUACAAGCUAUACUUUGCAUAGAAUUAGUGGUUUUUUUCUAAAAUCAAUUUACAUAUUAUUUUUGACUUGAAUAAAUUUUUAAAUUUAAAAAUGCGUGUGUGCAGGUAUAUUUAUCACAUCAUUCGUCGUGUACCACAUCUCGGAUCUUGCUACUAAUAUUCGAUUCGAUAGGUGCUUUGUCUGGUUAACUUUAGUGGGAAGGUUUAGGUAUUUGUGGUAUCUGUCGAUGUUGCCAGAACGUAAGAUAUCCUAAACUCACUUUUUUCCGAAAAAAUAUCGCAAUAGCUCAAAAGGGAACAAUUUUUGUCGAGUUAUUGAUUUCGAGGAAUAAUACGAACUUCCAUAGAUUCAAAUGAAGUAAACAACAUACGUUUUUCAUUUAAAAUGAACUCACAUAUGCAAUGCAUUCAACAUUCCAUAGAUUCAGUGAAAACACGCCAUCGGGUUCUAUUUUGCGCUUAGGCCUUCACCUCGUUUCAAGGCUAUCCUUAACAUCUUAUCUCGUCUAUGAUAUAUCUUCUCCAAGUUUGUGCUGGGCAAAUCAAUCAAUUUGCCUCGAAAUCUAAGGUUAUAUUACUUUUAUGAAUCGUGAUAACAUGCAUAAAAUAUAAUAAAAAUUUAUAGUUUUUUGCAUUUUUAUUCGGCUUAUUGUAAUAUUCCUCCAUAGUUCUUACAUCCUUGUUUAUUUCCCUUUUUGUGGAGAGGUACUAUGUGUGUUUGGCUAGAUUCUGUUUGACAUUCGAAAAGUAAACGUCAGUUUGCGUUUCAAUGCAUCGAUAAGACGAAUGGUAAAGCUGCUAAAAAAGCAGGAAAAGCCCAGAAGAACGUUCGACUUUCACUUCAUUCUAUCGGCCUUUCUUCUCUUUGCCGUAUUUUAUUUUGUAAGGUGAGGUAUUUGUACAUGAAGUUGUCUGCCCCUUUCUUAAUCGGUUCUGCAUGAAUGCCAUCUGGGCCCGGGGCUCUGUGAUUUCUUAGUGUCAAUAGUGCUGCCGUUACUUCCUCAAGCGCUGGUAACGCUUUAUCGGGUUCUGCUAAGUGGUAAGUAGAAGGUAAGCCACUUAAGCACACAUGUUACAUAAAUGUCAAAAUUUGACAUAAUUUGUGGACAUAAAGGAAAGAAAAAAAUGUCAAAAUUUUGCAAAUUAUGUGGCAUUUUGACAUUUAUGUGACAUAAUUUGCGACAUUUGACGUACGGUUCAAGUAGCUGAAGUAAAAGUGUGCUCCAUUGGUUUAUCCUCUACUGUACAACUGUUUACCUGUGUAUGAUAAAUAAACUUUUUUCGGGUUUGGAAAAAUUUCAAAUUGUUCAGGUAAAAUCUUGCUUCAUGAUUGAAAAUUUGCAAGGUUUGGAGGAGUUGUACUAAUUUGUGUAAUUGAAGUUCGUAUUAUUUCCUCGAAAUCAAUAAUGCAAUGUGUUUAAAUUUUUGUCGAGUCAAAAGCGAAGAAUAUUUGAAAAUUUCUAAUAUUGCGAUAUUUUUUUAUCGAUCUGGCUUCAAUGUUUGAAUGAUGAUUAUAUAACGAGUAGAUAGCUUUAGAGGUAAUACACUAUUAUUAGGCACUAGUUAUUAAUUAUAAUCAUCAAUAUUAUCUAUCGAUACUGAAUGUAAUUUUUUAUAUAGUGCCCCGAUGAUAUGAUAUGUAUUUAUUAUAUUGUGAAAAGGGAGCAUUUAUUUGAUGCAAAGUAUAGAGGUUGUACCCAAACUUUUCGGGGUGCAAUCUUCUUUUCCGGAAAAUGCUCGAAAACUCAAUUGGCGCACAUUCAGCAGGUUUUUUAACAGUUUGAAAACCUUGAUAAAUGGAACGAAAUUAAACACGCUGAGAAAGCUAUGGUUGAGUGAAAAAGGUGGGAAAUGUUGACUGUUGUAGCUGAUUAAGGGGUGUAUUCUAUAUUUCGGUUAAAUUUAAGAGGCUUUUAAAAUUUAACGUUUAGCAGUCUUCUUUUUAGAAUAACAUUGACAUUCUAUAAAGACGUUAGAGAGGUUCACUAAAAAAUAUUAGGAAUCCACUACAAGGUUUUCAAUAGGGCAUUCUAACAUGUCAAAAUUAAAUCAAUAUGGCGGCUGACGGGCAAACAAAUGUUAUUUGUCAGUUCUUAAUAUGGUUUUAGAUUCGUUUUUAGUUGCCUUUCUUUGUAAUUUUGUUUUGUACAAUGAUUAAUUUAACAUUUUCAGUGGAAGAAUUAAUUUAAAAAGAUAAUAUUCCUCAUUUCUGUUGUGUUUUGAGGUGUGGAAUGCGAAGUAAUUGUGAUACAAGUUCAGUUUUAUCAGUUACCAUGAGUGCAAAUUUUGAGUGAAAUGAGAGAAGAACAGUGGUUAAAUGCUAUAAAAGGUCCUAUAAAAAUGCUAAAUAACUACCUGUGCCAUGCUAGUAGUCUACCAACAACUUUCAAAAAUAUUCACUCAUGUUCAUUUAUUCACCGGUUAAAACUAAAUAAAGUCGUUCAAGUAAUUCUACAACUAAAAACUUCACAAAACUGACAACAAAAUGUUCGGAAAAUACAACUAGAAAACUAUUAAAGGUAAAAAACAAAAUGUGGUACAAAUAUAAACAGAGACAAGUUUUGUAUUUCCGACCAUAUUGGUGUCAUUAACGUCAAGUCUCGAAAUGCCCUGUUAGAUACAGCAAAUUGAUCGUGUUUAAACUACUUGUAAUGUAGAAGUUGUCCAAAAACUGUCAGAGGCCAAAACACUUAAAAAUAAGAAAUUGACAUGAAGUGAAGACUUCUUUUUUAGCUAAAUCUAUUGUAAGAAAUCCUUUCGCAAAAAACGAUCGCAGAAACUUUUCCAUCCACAUCGGGGCGGAUAUCAGAGAAUAAUAACUUAAAUAGUAGUAGAUUUUGCGUUGUGGUGAAAAAAAAAAUAGAGAUUGGAACACAUUAAAAAUAUUCAUAAAUCUAUUAGAGCUAGAAAUUUUAAGUGUAACACAUGUGGUAAAACAUUCUUUUUAAAGGGAAUCACUCUGGAGCAUCCUAGCAUGUGUUCUACGAUAGUUCAUCAUAGUACUCUCUUUUUUUUGUAACUCAUUUUCCCAUUAAUCAUUUUUAUUUAUCAAACUAUUUAAUUAUAAAGUUACGAUUUUAAGGGAUAUAGAAUACAAAAAUAUUGUAACAGACGGUAAAAUUUUAGAGGCCUCUUAAAUUUAACGAAAGUGUUACAGAAUACACCCCUAAGGCAAGAUUAAAAAACGGAAACGAAGGAAGAGGAAAUUGCUGGAAAUUUUAGUAAUUCUCACAUUGUUUCCGAAAACUCAGGAAAUUAUCUGAAAAACUGCAACCGAUAUUUCAUAAUGUUGCCAGAUUUCUGCAAAUGAUUGUAUUUUACCCUCCAGUAUUCGCGUAGAUUUUCAGGAGAAGCAUAGUUGCAUCGAGAGACCGAUAUUAAUUGAACGUUAGUUUUUGAAAAAAAAAAGCCCCAACAACUUGGGCUUUUAGGAUGAAUAAUACGUACAUAUUCUUCAAGAAACAGAAAUUUUAAUCAGAUAAACUAAAUGUGGUAUUACUGUUAAUGCAGAGAAGGUUCCUAUCUUCAAUGAGAUGAUGGCGACCACAUUGACCCAUCUUAUUCUAUUCACAUCAGUCUUGCCUAUUCACAAUCUUGCCUUGUAGAAUCAACUGUAUGAAAAUUAAAAAUCUAAUUUUUAUAUUGAAAUGGUGUAGAAGACAAUGCUUAAAAAUUGAGAAAAUUGUCAUUACAAACAACGGUAUUUGAAGAUGGAUCGUAUGAAGACGAGGAUACCGAAUACACAGUAAAUAUGUGUAAAUAAGAUCACGAGAACUAGACGAAAAACACAGAAAGGAACUUAGUGAAAACAAUAGUUGAUCAGAACCACUAAAUGUUAGUAUGGAAAACAGGGAAGAAGAUGAAAGUGAAAUGACUGAAGAUCAACCAGUAGGAAAUGGCAUUAAUAAUACAUGUAUAUCUUGAGCGCAGAAACGACGAAAUAAAAAGGAACUCGAAGCAAAGGAAAGGAAAAAUCUAAUUUUAGAGCAAGCUAAGAAGAAUAAAGAGGGACCCAGAAUUGUUAAAAUCCUUAAAAUCAGCUGUAGACGCAGUACUACCAUACAACGUGACAGUGUGACAAACAAAAUUUCGACCAAUCAAGUGCCAAAUUUCAUACAAUUUUCGAUACAAGAACUUGCAUAUUGUUAUACAGGGCACAAAUGUACGUACAAGAAACGAUACAAGAAAAUGUAUAUCAGAAAUGAUAUUAGAAAUGAUACAAGAAAAUGCAUAGUGUCAUACAGCCAUAAGUUGGUAAAUGAUUUAAGAAAAGUUACAGCAGAUUUUGUAAGACAAAACAAAGAUGACUUCAAACCAUUUAUGUGCAAUGAAUUAGGUGAAUCCGAAGUAGUUAGCGAGGAACAGUUUGAGAAUUAUUGUAAAGAUGUUGCAACAACAAAUUAAUGGGGAGGUCAGUUAGAACUGCGAGCUUUAUCGAAUAUUCUUACUUACUCCAUUGAAGUUAUUGAGGCCGCGAUUCCUUCCACACUGUAGGAAAAAAUUGCAGUUUGCUCACUUUCAUCAAUAUCAAAAAUUGAACUUUGACCCGGUCUGCCAGACCGUGCGCGACUACUGGAAGGUUUAAAAUACCUUUUUAUCGCAUAUUCCCCAUAAAAGUGAAAUCUGGCAGUACAGUGUUGCGAAAUUGAGGGCUUUUUCUGGAAAAUAAGAUUAUGCUCUUUUUGAUUUUUGUGAACGGUGAUUGUGGAAGAGCAAACACCUCGACUGGUUCUUUGGGUAUAAGCGACGGUGUUUCCUCGUCGGCAAUCGCUGGGUUCUAAUUAACAUAUAUGUCAAUAGAAAGUUUUUAGGCACAAACCGUCAAUACAUAUAGGCAUGCUAUUGUCGAAGAUGUCUAAAGAUCCCUAGAACUGUAGAAUUGUUUCAUUUUUCUUUUAUUUCUUAGUAGGUAAGUUUGUGAUUUAUAUUGAUGUGUAUGCUAAUUAAUAUAACUAAUGGCUUAAAA